AUGGUGUGCGUGCAUGGUGUGCGUGCAUGGUGUGCGAGCAUGGUGUGCGUGCAUGGUGUGCGUGCAUGGUGUGCGUGCAUGGUGUGCGUGCAUGGUGUGCGUGCAUGGUGUGCGUGCAUGGUGUGCGUGCAUGGUGUGCGUGCAUGGUGUGCGUGCAUGGUGUGCGUGCAUGGUGUGCGUGCAUGGUGUGCGUGCAUGGUGUGCGUGCAUGGUGUGCGUGCAUGGUGUGCGUGCAUGGUGUGCGUGCAUGGUGUGCGUGCAUGGUGUGCGUGCAUGGUGUGCGUGCAUGGUGUGCGUGCAUGGUGUGCGUGCAUGGUGUGCGUGCAUGGUGUGCGUGCAUGGUGUGCGUGCAUGGUGUGCGUGCAUGGUGAGCGUGCAUGGUGUGCGUGCAUGGUGUGCGUGCAUGGUGUGCGUGCAUGGUGUGCGUGCAUGGUGUGCGUGCAUGGUGUGCGUGCAUGGUGUGCGUGCAUGGUGUGCGUGCAUGGUGUGCGUGCAUGGUGUGCGUGCAUGGUGUGCGUGCAUGGUGUGCGUGCAUGGUGUGCGUGCAUGGUGUGCGUGCAUGGUGUGCGUGCAUGGUGUGCGUGCAUGGUGUGCGUGCAUGGUGUGCGUGCAUGGUGUGCGUGCAUGGUGUGCGUGCAUGGUGUGCGUGCAUGGUGUGCGUGCAUGGUGUGCGUGCAUGGUGUGCGUGCAUGGUGUGCGUGCAUGGUGUGCGAGCAUGGUGUGCGUGCAUGGUGUGCGUGCAUGGUGUGCGUGCAUGGUGUGCGUGCAUGGUGUGCGUGCAUGGUGUGCGUGCAUGGUGUGCGUGCAUGGUGUGCGUGCAUGGUGUGCGUGCAUGGUGUGCAUGCAUGGCGAUGUCAACUCAUAUACCACGUGCGUGAGCUGAUACAACUUUUGAGGCGCCUCAAAAGUCUACCCACAUGCUCAGCGACUCACCUCCAGCAUGGUCCCCAGGUACUCCCUCACAGCAUCCACCUUUGCUUCUGCUGA